AAAAAUUCUGUGUCUGGUCUGGGAGUGCUUGCUGCUUACCAGUUUCCUUUUUUAUAAGGGGUUAGUUGUAUCCGUAGCUGGUACAGAGAUCUUUGCUAUAUAUUCAAGAUGGUCAAAUUAGGCAAGACGUCCAAGAGAAAGCCUACUCGGCUACGGCAUAAAAUUGAGAAAGCUGCUGCAUCAAAACGGAGAAAGGAUAAGAAGCUAGCCAAGAAGAAUCCCGAAUGGCGCUCCAAGGUGAAGAAGGAUCCUGGCAUCCCCAACCUUUUCCCCUUCAAAGACAAGCUUCUUCAUGAGAUUGAAGAAAAGAGGAGGUUGAAGGCGGAAGAGCAACAGCGUAUUCGGGAGGAAGCCCGCGCUCGCCGUAAUGCGCAGACCCAGGAAUCCGGGGGGGUUAUGGGCCAGAUUGAUGACAAUGAAUUACUCGACGAUGACAUGGAUGAAGCCGGCGAUGAGUCUAACCCAAUGGCUGCACUGUUAGCUUCAGCUAAAGCAAGAGCUGCGCAGUAUGAGGACGAACACGGAGAGGAUGACGAUGACGAGAUGGAUGAUGAUGAUGAAGACGACGACGAUGAUGUGGAUGAAAUGGAGGAGGACGACAAGGAUGGAGGGGCAGCCCUUGAUGUAUCUGAUAUUCCUACGAUAGCCACGCAGUCUAACAGCAAGGAGAACUCGAGACGGGCAUUCGAUAAGGUGUUCAAGCAGGUUGUGGAGGCAGCGGAUGUCGUACUCUAUGUGCUCGAUGCGCGAGAUCCAGAAGGCACCAGAUCCAAAGAAGUGGAGCGAGAGAUCAUGGCUGCGGAUGGCGGCUCGAAGAGGCUUAUACUCAUCCUUAACAAGAUCGACCUUGUUCCACCGCCAGUACUUAAGGGAUGGCUUGUGCAUCUACGACGGUACUUCCCCACGCUUCCAUUGAAGGCAUCCAACGGUGCACCCAACGCGCACACCUUCGACCACAAGCAGUUGACUGUUAAGGGCACUUCCGAGACACUCUUCCGGGCGCUCAAGUCCUACGCACACAGCAAGAAUCUGAAACGAUCAAUCUCCGUCGGCAUCAUCGGCUACCCCAACGUCGGCAAGUCAUCCGUCAUCAAUGCACUCACUGCUCGGCUUAACAGGGGAUCAAGCCACGCUUGCCCCACAGGCGCAGAAGCCGGUGUGACAACCAGUCUGAGGGAGGUGAAGCUUGACAGCAAGCUCAAGCUCAUUGACUCUCCCGGAAUCGUCUUCCCAAGUGCAAGCGAGAGGAGCGGGGGAAAGAAAUCCAAGAAACACGACGAGCAGGCUCGCCUUAUCCUCCUCAACGCCGUACCUCCGAAACAGAUCGAGGAUCCGUUACCAGCGGUCCAUCUUCUGUUCAAGCGACUAUCCGCCUCGGAGAACCUAAUUUCGAAGAUGCUCGAUGUUUAUGGUAUAACGACUCUCUUCCCGUCCAAUGGCGACAAGGCAACCGACUUCCUCAUCCAGGUUGCGCGGAAGCGCGGCCGUCUGGGUAAGGGUGGUGUACCGAACCUCAACAGCGCCGCGAUGACUGUGAUUACCGACUGGCGAGAUGGUAGAAUCCAAGGCUGGGUCGAUGCACCAGUCCUCCCAGCUGUCACGCUGUCAGAUAAUAAAGCAUCUGCGGACGCAGGACCUGCCGUUGAUACGAAGCAGAUCGUCACCGAGUGGGCGAAGGAGUUCAAGAUCGAGGGGUUAUGGGGGGAUGGAGAGGAUGAUCAGGAGAUGGCUGAGUAGUGUUCAUCUCUGGUGAGACUUGUACAUUUCUUUUCUGUUCUCGUCUGAUAGAUACCAAAAGUAAGGCGUUUUGAUCUGGUUGUCAUUGGGGCGAGUCAUUAUCAAUGAAUAUGGAUCAGCACGAAGUACUAUAAACCUGGGGUUUUUGAUGUAUCUCAAUAGAGUGCUCUCGUACAACCCUUCCAGUCAUCAAUACUAUCAUGUAGGCGUAUCAUCUAUAAUCCAAUAGUGCUUGCAUCGACUUUUCUCUCAACUACCUGGCCCACUAUCAUCAUCACUGCCAUCAUCGCUACUAUCAUCAGCUCCAUCAGGAUCCAUCACGCUCUUCGUACUCCUCUUUCUACUCCGCGAGUCGGCAUCGAGAUCCUCAACCCGGUCAACAUCAGCAUCCAUAUCGAGAUCGUGUCCAUCUCCCUCUUCUUCCUCUUCCUCAUCCCCUUCUUCGUCAUCAUCAUCUUCUUCCUCUUCCUCGUCCUCAUCCACAUCAUCAUCCUGAGCUCCUUGCGUCUCGUCAUCAUCAUCAGCAUCACCCCCUACUUCAGUAUCCUCAAUAUCCUCAGCCCGUUUAACCCUCUUCGCAUCAUGGACUGUCUCUUCUUCCUCUUCUACCUCCGCCUCUUCUUGCGCGUUUGCCAUUGUGCUCGUCGUCCCGGUCCUAUUAGCUGCAGCAUCUGCAGCGUCUUUCUUCCCCUUUCUCUUCCCAGCCUUGAGAUCCGUAUGGGCUUGUAAUUCCUUCUCAAGUCGAGGACGGAACGAAUCGAAUUCUAUCUCUGAAAGUGCGGUAAGGACGUCUGAUGGCGCUACCAUUCGUUUCAGGGUUGCUUCGUUGGCACUGUAGAUAUUUCCGAAUGGGUUACUUAGUCAUACUUCAUUCGCAAAGCAGGAUUAUUGAGGGGGUAUAUGCAUGCAUACUGAGACGAGAGAUAACUGACGAA